AUGAGGACACUGCUGUCUCCAACCUUCACUAGUGGGAAACUCAAGGAAUGUUUCCCAUCAAUCAACCAGUACACAGACGUGCUGGUGAAAAACCUCAGACAGGAAGCAGAGAAAGGAAGGAACGUGACCACGAAAACCAUUUUGGGGGCCUACAGCAUGGAUGUGAUCACUGGGACAUCAUUUGGAGUGAAUGUCGACUCCCUCAACAACCCACAGGACCCCUUCGUGGAAAAAGUCAAGAAGCUCUUAAAAUUUGACUUCUUUGAUCCAAUGUUCUUCACAAUAAUACUGUUCCCAUUCCUGACGCCAGUUUUUGAGGCCUUAAAUAUCUCCAUGUUUCCAAGAGAUGUUACAAACUUUUUUAAAACCUCCAUAAAAAUGAUGAAAGAAAGUCGCCUAGAAGAGAAAGAAAAGCCCCGAGUGGAUUUUCUUCAGCUGAUGAUAAACUCGCAGAAAUCCCCAGACACGGAGUCUCAUAAAGCUCUGUCUGACCUGGAGAUUGUAGCUCAAUCCGUGAUCUUCAUUUUUGCCGGCUACGAGACCACAAGCAGCGCUCUGUCCUUCGUCUUGUAUUUAUUAGCCACUCACCCCGACGUCCAGAAGAAGCUACAGGAUGAAAUUGAUGCUGCUCUGCCCAAUAAGACAACUGCCACCUAUGAUGCCCUGGUACAUAUGGAGUACCUGGACAUGGUGGUGAAUGAAACUCUCAGAUUAUACCCAAUUGCUGGAAGACUUGAGAGAGUUUCUAAGGCGGAUGUUGAAAUCAAUGGAGUGUUCAUUCCCAAAGGGACUGUGGUGAUGAUACCAAGCUAUGCCCUUCACCGAGACCCAAUGUGCUGGCCAGAACCAGAGGAGUUCCGCCCUGAAAGGUUCAGCAAGAAGAACAAGGACAACAUCAAUCCUUACAUCUACAUGCCCUUUGGAAAUGGACCCAGGAACUGCAUCGGCAUGAGGUUUGCGCUCAUGAACAUGAAACUCGCUCUUGUCAAAAUCCUACAGAACUUCUCCUUCCAACCUUGCAAGGAAACUCAGAUUCCUUUGAAAAUAGGCAAGCAAGGACUUCUCCAGGCCGAAAAACCCAUCGUUCUAAAGAUUGUGUCAAGAGAUGGGCUGAUAAGUGCAGCUUGAUGAAGACUUUGGCUGCGAAGCUAUGGCCCGGAGCACCAGAAACCAAUUUAUUUUGUGAGGGAAAUUCAGAACUGAACGUGGGA